GAGGCCCUUCUUUCUAUCACCGAGGGCGGGACGCGCCCAUGUGACCGGCGGCCAGGCAAGGCUUGGCGGGAGGCAGGGAGCGAGCGAGGGCCGCCUCAGAAGGGGCGGCCUACCGGGGCCGAGAGGCCUGGUCGCCGCCGCCGCUGCUCCUGCCUGGCUGCCUGGCUGCAUGGGUCGCCCGGGGAGCCCUCCUCCUCCUCCUCCUCCUCCUCGUCCGGGGCGCGAGGCCCGCUGCCCCUUGUGGCGCCUCCCGGAGGAGCUGCUGCUGCUGAUCUGCUCCUACUUGGACGCGCGGGCCUUGGGCCGCCUGGGCCAGACCUGCCGCCGCCUUUGCCGCUUCACCGCCCGGGACGCCCUGUGGCGACGCCUCGCCCGCUCCUGCCUCAACGCAGGCUUCAGCGCGCUCGGCGCCGACCUCCUGGCUGGUGUCCCAGUGAAGGACAGAGUCAAAGUUUCCCAAAACUGGAGGAAUGGUCGCUGUCGGAGAAUCCCACUCCUCAAGUGGAAAUGCAAUUUAAUGCCCUGGAUGCAGCUAGAUGGGGACUACCUCUAUUUAUCCCAGGCAGAUGAGAUCCAGGUUUAUUGGCUCCAUCCCAAGGGCACCAGCUUACAACGCUGUCCAGAGGCGGUCUUCUCCAGACACCAGGAGGACGUGUGCCGCUUUGUGCUUGCUAAUGGCCAUAUUGUUAGUGGAGGAGGAGAUGGCGUUAUUAUUCUCCAUAAACUGAAUGGCUCCUUCAGCUUCAAGUUCUUGGGGCAUGAACAAGAAGUGAACUGUGUGGAUUGCCAAGGCAGCAUUGUUGUGAGUGGUUCCCGGGACAGAACAGCAAAGGUUUGGUCCCUGUCACCAAGUAGAGCUGGGCAGUGCCUGCAUACAAUACAGACGGAAGACCGUGUUUGGUCCAUUGCAAUUAGCCCAUUAUUAAGUUCAUUUGUGACAGGAACAGCAUGCUGUGGACAUACUUCACCUUUAAGAAUCUGGGACUUGGGGAGUGGGCAGCUGGUCACCUGUCUAGGAACAGAUUUCCACCGAGGAGCUGGAGUCUUGGAUGUUUUCUAUGAAACACCUUCCACUUUGCUCUCUUGUGGUUAUGAUACCUACAUCCGUUACUGGGAUCUAAGGACAAGCACAAGGGAAUGUGUCAAAAAAUGGGAAGAGCCACAUGAUAGUGCCCUGUACUGUAUUAGGAGUGAUGGAAAUCAUAUGAUUGCAAGCGGCUCUUCUUAUUAUGGUGUGGUACGUCUUUGGGAUAAACGGCAAACUAGAUGCUUGCAGAGCUUCUCCUUGUCAUCUCCUGUUAGUAGUCCUGUUUAUUGUCUACGCUUCAGCACCAGUCAUCUCUAUGCCACCCUGGCAUCUGCAUUGUAUGGUCUUGAUUUCACUAACUCCUGACCGAGAUUGCCCUGGACUUGCAGAUCUGAUACCCAGCUCAGGGAGUACAAAGAAAUAAUGUCUUUGAGACAACCAGCAGACUGAAAAUCACUAAGUGCUAAGGAGAACCCUGUGUAGAGGAGUACACUGGCCUUCUGGUUUCAUUAAAAUUAAUAUCUCCUACCAGCUCUUCUAUUUUGUACAUACUGGGGUUCUAACAUGUGUUUAAUUUUGGUGAGAACAUCAUUCAGUAAAAUUGAAGAUACAUGAAUUCUUUUUCAUAUCCACAUUGAUUACAUUUGGGACCGAGUGCUGAAACUCCCACUGUAUUCAUGUGCUUGUGUUAGUUUUGGAGGAAGUACCCUGGAUAGUGAAGUAAGGAAUAUCCUUUACUUUUGCUUUACUGUCUCAUCACUGCCUCAUAAAUGGCCAGUGUGUUUUAAGACCGAAGCCUUAGUUGGCUUUUUAUAAGUUGUACCAAAUUUAACAGAUACUGACAGUGUAUGGAAUGUUUCUGAGGACUGGUACUAUCAGGUCAAUGAACUGAAUAAAUGGUGAAAGUGGA